AUGCGAAUAUUCGAUGCAACCUAUCCUGAGAUUGAUUCUGGUCGGGCCUGCACUCCCUGCGACCAUGACGCCACGAGGAACCGAGCCAUCCAGCCGCAGGCUGUCGCACGGGGAAGCGACUUAGACGGAGCCGUGUACCACAGGAAGAGGAGAGGGAAUCCCGGGCUCGUGAGGCAUCUUCACUCCACGCCGACGCGCUUCGAUAGGGGCAUCACGACUACGAACAGCAAGCGAUCAUCGCGCUCUGCGACGAAACGCAGGAUGCGAUCCCUCGUGUGCCUAUCGCUCUUGGCGCAGCCCGCGGCCGCCGUUCUUCUCGACAAAUUCGACAACUGUCUCCCCGAUUCGACCAAGUAUAGCAAUCCUCUCGAAUUGCAAUGGGUCCCGCUCUACGUAGGGGCAACUUUCGACACCAAGAACAAAAGCCAUAAUCUCAGGAUCACCGUAUGGGGGAACGUGACAGGCCGUUACAACCCGACCGCAACACCCGAACUGCCUCCCUGGAACAGCGAUGAUUGGAGCAAUCCCAAUGUCACCGAUGGCAAGAUCGUCGACAACCCAUUCGCGGACACUGCGAACCUCCUCACCACUUUGCACAGCAAGAUCGACGUUGUGACCUACGAGCCCUACUCGGCCGAUUUCGACUUUUGCAAGGAUGCUCUGACGAAUGCGUCAUGCCCGUUGGGCCCCGUCUUCAACACAUCGGAAAUAACCUCGCUCGCUGGCCUGCCAUCCAUCACGAUGACGAAGGACUUCUAUUCAAGCUAUGCCUUCACAUCGUUCUCGCCCACUUUCUCCAUCAUAUAUGGCGAUGUCGUGCAAACAACCGUCGGCUGCAUCUCUGCCACAUUGACCCCGGAUCUCGGCGGGCUGGCGUGGAUGUUGAAGUUUCUGCCCCUCAUGGUCCUCCUGUCGGUCGGAUUUGCUACUGUCUUUGCCAGCAUCUACAGUCCGUGGGGCACCACGGAUAUCUUCCACUGGAGCUCCAACUUUGGAAGGCACAAUGACCUUCUCCGCUUGGUGACACCAGGCUUCGGCGACUGCCUGCAAUACAUUCAAUUUGUGGCGUUGACUGGCGGCCUUACUCUCAACUACCCUGGGUUCUUCCAGCCUAUCGUCAGCCAAGCGUCUUGGUCUGCGCUAAUGUUCAAUCAGAGCUUUGUGACCAAGGAUCCAGGGUGGCAGAACUUGAGGGACGGACUUUACUUCACCAACGGCACCUACGGCCUCCAUGAACUAGGCCAACUGGUCGGUAUGGGCAAUGUUGAGGACAUCUGGGCGGGCAUGAUGGUCUGGCUCCUAGGCAUAAUAGGGGCUGUGGCCGUCAUCACUCAAUUGGGGUUUGCAGUGCAAUGGGUUUAUCGCUUCGUGAAGAACGUCCAAGAGGAGGAUCUCCGCAACAAGAAUCUUCCCUUCACCGUAGGGAACGUUGUGAGGAUUGUGUUCAACUUCUUCCUACUACCUCUGGUGGCACUGUCCAUGUUUCAGCUGGUGGUUGCCGCCCAGUCACCCGCUUAUACGGUAGCACUCGCCGCCGCAACAAUCGUGCUGCUUCUCAUCUUUGCCGGGUGGCUCCUACGGCUUAUUACGACGACCAAACCGCGGUCAGUUUUGUUCGACGAUCUGCCGACCGUGCUGCUUUACGGGCCUCUCUAUAACACCUAUUCCGAUGAAGCCGCCGCCUUCGCCCUGAUUCCCGUCUUGUUGACGUUCAUCAGAGGUGUCGGGAUAGGCGCCGUGCAGCCUGUGGGAAUCGCACAGAUCAUUGUUCUGGCUAUCUGCGAAGUCGUGCAGGUGAUAACGCUGCACGCAUUCAAGCCCUUCUCGUCGCCCACGUCGAUGAAUGCGUACCAUACACUCUUUGCGGUGCUACGAUUCACGGUGAUUCUUCUCAUGACGGCAUUCAUUCCGCAGCUUGGGGUCACCGACGGCUCAAAGGGAUGGAUAGGAUAUGUUAUACUUGUGAUACACAGCGGCGUGUUGGUUCUGUGCUUCAUGUUGAACGCCUUGCAGACUAUUAUUGAGGUCAUCGCAAGGCUGAUGGGCGCAGGAGGAGAUGACAACAAGGGGUUGUCUCAAGGACCCUUGUCAAGAAUAUUCGGUGCUCGGCAGCUUUCCAGGCGAACCUCGCGACGUGGUGGUCCGUCCAGACAAAGUCAGUUGUCAAGCACAGCAAUGUUGAGUGCGCAAGAUCCAGCCCAGGCAGGGUACAUCGCACCAAGCGGCCGCCUCCGAAGCGAGUCAGCUGGCAGUGUGGUGCUUCUCAACGGUCGGCCUCAGAGAAGCUCAUCCGCCCUUGAUGCUAUGAGCUUUGACAAUUCGAUGCCGCCAUCUCGUCUCGAGGCUGGAACGACUUUCACACCAUCGACACCUGGCGAGACCAGCACAUACUCCUUCCUCCCAUCUCCCGUGGUGGGGCAGCAGAGCCGACACUCCGUACCGCCGAAUGCUUUAGUGGCAGACAACCCGGGAGACACAUUCUACAGGCCGCCGAGGAAGCGGGGGAAAACACUUGAUAACCAAUCCCCACAUUCUAGAGCUCGCGCGUCCUGGGGAACAAGUGGUGAGUGGUCUCAAAAGCGGACGAGCCAAAGUGGUGGAGCGGCGCUCGAUCCAGUUGACGUCGAUCCCAUCGACCGUGACCGCGAUCGUGAUCGCGCAACGCCUGCGACGUAUGCCUUCCCCACCAGAACAGACUACGCUACUCGUGAGGUCGACUUUUACUACGGCGUCCAGCGGGGUUCGAGGCUCAAUUCGGACGCGCCACAAAGAAAGUUGGGCACAGGGCCUGCAGACCCCACCGGGACAGUGGCCACUGCAACUGGCUGGUUCAAGAACAUGUUUAGCGGCAAGAGGAAGGAGAAAGGAAAAGGAUUUGAGGUUGUCCGGAGCUCACGCAUGCCUCCUGCCAUGCGGUCGGAUCAAGCCUACGAUGACACAGAUCCUCCUGAAGGGACACCUGUAGCGAUGGGAGUGCUAAGGAAAGGACCCAUCGACUCAGAUUCCGACGAAGGAACUGCCAAGCGCCCGCCGCCCGCCGCGCAAGGCGAUGAACCUCCUCCGACGGCUCGAUUACUCAAUGACGAUGGCGUCAGCAUAGAUGAAGACGCUGCUGACGAGCCUGGGGACCUGAGCUCUUCUCGAAACCCACCAGUGCUGCCUGACCUGGAUGCGGGAGGAAGCUUUCACGUACCCAGUCGCGCAGUCUCGAAAACCAGCCACGCCUCCGAGAGGAUUGACGUAGUCCGUGGUGAUAUUCAGAAAGCAGUGCCUGAUGUUCCCAGGAAGAGUUCCAGGCGCAAGUCCGACCUGAUAAGCGGACUGACUCUGAACCUGGAUGCGCCGCCACCUCGGGGACAAGAUCAGGCAACAUCUUCACGCCUACCUUUUCAGCCGUUGUCGCGGAACGUAUCAGCAGAUCAGAGAACAUCCUCGAUCUCCUCGCUCGGGGCGGAGUCUGACACGCACCAGCUGUCCAGUGAGAACCGCUUGGGCACCGUGACCCAUGGUAGUAUCAACAGAUUCCCAUCAGACUCCCGGGGAAAGAUCGAGGGCAGUUCAGCUGAGUUCGUUGAUCGUUAA